UGGAACAUGUUUUCAGUUCCAAAUCGAGCACAAAGGCAAAGCGAGAAAAGCCAUGGCCGACCUGGUCCUGAAGGAGAAGAGGAGGGUGUUUAUCCAAUCAGUGAGCCUGGGCACUGUAAAUGGCUUGUUGGAUGAACUACUACAGGAAACAGUGCUGAACCAAGAGGAGAUGGAGAAAGUAAGAAAUGAAAAUGCCACAGUUAUGGAUAAGGCCCGAGCUCUGAUUGACUUUGUCAUUCGGAAAGGGCCCCGGGCAAGCCAGAUAUGUAUUGGUCAUAUUUGUGAAGACGACUCCCACCUUGCAGAGCAGCUGGGGCUGUCCUCAGGUAAAUCAGCAGUCCAGACUCAAGUUCACAUGAGCCCUGUGUCUUCGGAUCCACAUCUGAUUUUUUCAUGGGCCAUGUUAGUUUGCAGACAAGUCUUCAUGUCUGAAAUCAAUGGCACUAUUGUAUGUCCCCGUCUCUUUAUUCUUCAUUCUUGUUCCUUUAGCCUCAGUGUCGUUCAUUGGACUAAAAUUCAUUUCCCAUCUUGA